GUUCAGUUCGUUAGUUUGUGUUGCUGGGGUCACGCGUCACUGCUGUUAGGUACAAGUGCAGGACACGGACUGACAUCUGCUCCAGAGUCGGACUUAAUCAAGUGAUGGUGACAGCUAAGGCAACAUUCUACUGAAUUAUAUUUUUCACUAUCGGGACUUUGGUAUAUUUUAGCAAAGUAUGAAAUUCUUCACAUCUUUAUGAUACGAAAGAAAUAAUCGAGAAAAAUGAUGGUAAGAAACGAAAGCAACUUUAUGAAAGACUUUCAUGUCCAAGGAAAAAGUCUUCUGGGUUCUGUAGAUGGCAUCAAUGACAUGUCACCCAAGAAAAAGAAAAGCAAACGACUGCCUGGCCGGAGCAAAUCGCUCGUGGACACGAAUUCUAACAGCAGAGUGACUGACACUAACCGAAACGUCGGGCGAUAUACACAAUCGUACCUCCGACGUGUACCAACACAGGACGAUAUUUACAAGAUCAUAACUGAAACCAGUGACGUCAUAAGGCCAUCAACAUCGACCGGAGAGUCAAAGGGAUUAUCACCUUACGCGCCACUGCCUGCUAUUGGAACCAAGUUUAGACCACUAAACACCACUGACAACAAAGUGACAGAGAUGCACGAGUCCAUUUCGGCAGCGUCAUGCGACGACAGCGCCCAAAAACUCGUUAGGGAAGGGACCUACAAUGUGUUAGAACCAAAAUUCGUUAGAGGCCCAAUUCCUAAAAAUUUGUCUCGAAACAUAUUUGAUAACUUUAAAGAAAAGGAGAAGAAAAUAAGGCCAAGAAAAGUCGAGAAACAACUUAAAGAAUUAUCCGCAUCUAUCGUGUUCGGACCUCGGUUGCCGAAAGAGGAAAGAGAUAUUAUGGAAGAGGAUUUAAUGGCUACUGACUUGCCAGUCCAGACAUUGCAAGGGGAUUCUUCAACUGUCAGUGACUCAGAUGCAAACAAUCAAGAUAAGAAAAACUUUUCAGUGACUCAGGUAAACAUCAUUCCAGUGCAAAAACUGUACUACCGAGUCUCAGAACAAAAUGAGAGUCUCCUGCCGGCUAACGAUUUGACUACCGUUAACACUGAUGAUCCUACAGACCAAGGGGCAGAUUAUAAACCCAAAGUUCACCAGUCCCUUUGGUUUGAUUAAUGAGUCUUCCCAAAUCUUUACUAUUACACAGGACAUAGAGUCUAUAGAGACGUCAGUCAUUUUGUACAUUCUGGAAGUUCUGUUACAUCUUCAGUAGUUUUAAGAUAUUUGCUCUAGCUAGUGUAUGCUAACUUAUUUAAUACAGAGGCUGAAGUUUCCUUCUCAAACUGAGAGGUUGACAAUUAAAGAAACUAAUUUCUUAUGUUUCCAUUGUGUGUAAAAUCUUUAAUAAAUAUAAUUCUUCUAUUUUC